AAAACACACUUUGCUCAUAUCACGAUGUUCGAAUCAACAAAAGCCUCAAUGACAUCCUCUUUGCAAGUCCCGACAUCAGAUGCAAUGAGAUCAAGUCCUCGUCGACCAAGUUUGAGUGCAUUCAGAUAUCCCACAAGUCCAGAGACGACAACACACACAGAAGGCGUUAUGCUUCGUACUUGGCCGCGUCCUUCGGCAUAAGCUUCGAGGCGGCACUUGCAGACACAGAUGCGCAGUUGGCACCGCGGAGACCUUCAUAUGUAUCAGAGUCGGAAGUUAGUCGCAGAGAAU